CAAUUCCAUAAAUCCCAAUCCUUGUUCCAAACCCCAAAUUUCAGAGGGAGAGAAGCAGCAGCAUAGUGAGCUCGCUCAGAGAAUUAGGUAUGGCGAACAACGCAGACGUGGAAGCCGUGGACUUUGAGCCCGAGGACGAUGACCUCAUGGACGAGGACGGUGCCGUCGACGCCGAGCCCUCAGCCUCCCCCCGGGCCCCACUCCCCAAGCUCAAGUCUGCUAUCACCGGCGCCUCCUCCGCCUCUCUCUCAGCUCCUAAGAAGACCAAAGGUCGAGGCUUUCGCGAAGAUCCCAAUGCCGAACGCAACACCCGCCUCGCUGUCUCUGACUUGGACGGACUCAACGCCCUAGACGGCCUCGAGCCCCAGCGAUCGAUCGAGGGAUGGAUUAUUCUGGUUACCGGAAUCCAUGAAGAGGCACAAGAAGAUGAUCUGCAUGCUACAUUUGGUGAAUUUGGGGAGAUAAAGAAUUUGCAUUUAAAUCUUGAUCGCCGUACUGGGUUUGUCAAGGGUUAUGCGCUUAUUGAGUAUGAGAAUUUUGCGGAGGCGCAAGCUGCAAUAUCCAGAAUGGACGGAAACAGUGUACUUACACAGAUUGUUAAUGUUGACUGGGCCUUCAGCAAUGGAUCCUUCCUUGAUGGGUCAAAAAAGAAGAACCCAAGACAACUCCGAGAUCGUCGCUCAAGGAGUCCUCCUAGGAGGAGAUUUUAAUGUCGCAGUGGCAUGGUAUUGUGAGGAGGUCUGGAUUUUGAACAAUGGGUUUUGAUAUUUUAUCAUCGAGUUAAAGAUUCAGGUUGAUGUGUGCAAUUUUCACCUGUUUUACGGAUUCAUCUCAAUUUGCUAUGGAGCCCUCAAUAUCCACUUCAGUUCAGCUGUGGUUUAUUAAACUGUUUCUUUGUUUAGUGAUUUUCUCCUAUUAACAUGAGGAUGUUUCUCUAAUGUGAUUUACUUUCUGACUAAAGAUGCUGUUAAGACCGUAACUUUGUGAUUUUAAUGUAGAUCAAACCUUCAUAUC